CGUUAUUUAGUCUGUAUACUACAUGCAUGGCUCCUGCAUUUUCUAUUUUAAUGAUCUUGUGUUAACGUAACCAAUCCGCUUAAGAUAUCCAUCGGUGAAUGAUUCUGUGCAAUUCUGCUGCAGAAUUGACCAGCACAACUUUUACCACAUGCAAUAACAGCAAUGUACGAUGAAUCGUUAAAUUGUAGCUAUAUUAUUUGUGAGUAUACUUAUAGACAUAAUCAUAAUCUUUAAAGUUUAAUUUGGCUCAAAUACUUUUGACACCGAUGAUUAGAUGAUCUAGCAGCCUAUCCUUCUCCCGUUUCGCCCUAAAUGAAAAUGGGUGUGUUUUGGCAGGUUUUGACUUCAGAUAAGAGCAAUUUGUUUAAUUUACAGUUAUUUUGACAGCAGGUGUGGCUAUGGGGUGGACACUUCCUUGUGUCAGGUUAGCCGUUACUUAACUGAAGAAAAUAAACCAGCUACUGCGCGUGUCUUAGGUUGAGGACAGAAGAAAAUAGUUUUUACAUUAUUUCAGAUAGAUACACUAACGUUAGCUUAACCCACAGAGGUUCAAUUCGGACUACGGAUAAAUUACAAUUUAUCAUCGGUUCUCUAAAUAAUUUGUUUACGGCAAACUAAAUAUAUUGCACGCUACACGUUACGGAGAGUAAUGCAGUUGUAGGGUCGAUCCAUUCUUGAAAAAUAUCGGAAGGCAAGCUAGAUAGCUAACUUAGCCACUCGAAUGUUUUGCGUUAGAGUCGUCAAAACGGGUUUGUAGUCGAUCUUGUUGGGACACAUGUAAAUUUGCAACAGUGCCAUUUGGGUUUGUUUGGAAAGGCUGAAGCAGGCUAUUCAUUGGCACGUCGACAAAUGUAAUCAUUCGGACUGGACAACAAAGGCCAACUCAUGUAGCUAUUAUUAUUUACCUUGAGUUCAGGCCUGUUUUGUGGGCGUUUCUGUGAAAUCCAGGAUGUUGGGACUCCUGGCCAGGACGAUGAUGGCUAAGACAUGUCUGGUGAAGCCGUCCACCUUGGUGAAGCCGGUGUCGGUGACGAAGAUCCCCGGCCGUUACUUGGCCCACCAAGAAGGCCUGCCCAAGCUGCCGGUGCCGCCCCUGAGGCAGACAUGCGAGCGCUACCUGGCCAUGCUGGAGCCCAUCAUUAGCGAGGCUGAGAUAAGCCACACCCGCCAGCUGAUGGCAGAGUUCCUGCGUUCGGGGGGCGUGGGAGAGAGGCUGCAGAAGGGUCUUGAGCGCCGUGCCCGCAAGACGGAGAACUGGCUUUCGGACUGGUGGCUCCAAACGGCCUACCUGGACUUUCGGAUGCCCGUGGUGGUCCACUCGAGCCCUGGAGUGGUUCUCCCUCGCCUGGAGUUCCAUGAUCGACAGGGGCAGAUCAGAUAUGCUGCAAAACUGAUCGCAGGGGUCCUGGACUUCAAAACCAUGAUUGACAAUGAGACGUUACCUGUGGAGUACCUGGGAGGGAAGCCCCUCUGUAUGAACCAGUACUACCAGGUUCUGUCCUCCUGCCGUAUCCCUGGGCCCAAGAAAGACACGGUGGUCAACCAUGCCCUGGGAAAGAGACCACCCAGCCACAUUACUGUGGUGCACAACUUUCAGUUCUUUCUGCUGGAUGUGUAUAACAGUGAUGGCACACCUCUGACAAUAGACCAGCUCUACAUGCAGCUGGAGAAGAUCUGGAACUCCUCCCUCCAGACCAACAAGGAGCCAAUCGGAAUCCUCACCUCCCAGCACCGAAACACCUGGGGGAAAGCUUACAACACCCUCAUUAAGGAUAAGGUGAACAAGGAGUCUGUGCGGGCCAUCCAGAAGAGCAUCAUCACCGUGUGCCUGGAUGCGCCCAUGCCGCGGGUGUCGGACGAGCUCUACCGGAGCCGCGCCGCCAUCCAGAUGCUGCACGGCGGGGGCAGCCGCUGGAACAGCGGGAACCGCUGGUUCGACAAGACCCUGCAGUUCAUUAUUGGAGAAGACGGGUCAUGUGGCCUUAUCUAUGAGCAUGCCCCUGCUGAAGGCCCACCUAUUGUGUCAUUGGUGGACCAUGUGGUCGAAUACACGAAGAAGUCGGAGAUGGUGCGCUCCCCCAUGGUGCCCCUGUCCAUGCCACAGAAGCUGCGCUUUAACAUCACCCCUGAGAUCAAGAAGGACAUCGAGAAGGCCAAGCAAAACAUGAAUAUAAUGGUGAAUGAUCUGGAUUUGAAAGCCUUUGUGUUUUCCAACUUUGGGAAAAACUUCCCCAAGUCGCAGAAGAUGAGCCCCGAUGCCUUCAUCCAGAUGGCUCUGCAGCUGGCCUAUUUCAGGACGUACCAGGCCUGCUGCUCCACGUACGAGAGCGCGUCUCUGCGGAUGUUCCGGCUCGGCCGCACCGACACCAUCCGCUCCGCCUCUAGCAGCUCGCUGCGCUUCACUCAGGCCAUGGACGACCCCUCCACACAGAACACAGAGAAGGUUGCAUUGUUGCGCGAGGCGGUACAAGCCCACAGAGCCUACACAGACAUGGCGAUCCGUGGCCAGGCCAUCGACCGGCACCUCCUGGGGCUGAGGAAGCAGGCCAUUGAGGACCUGACUUCCAUGCCCGAGAUCUUCAUGGACACGGCCUAUGCUGUCGCCAUGCAUUACAACCUCUCCACCAGUCAGGUUCCGGCUAAGACGGACUGCGUGAUGUGCUUUGGUCCAGUGGUUCCGGACGGGUACGGUGUGUGCUACAACCCCAUGGAGGAACACAUCAACUUUUCUGUGUCGGCGUUCAACAGCUGCGAGGAGACUGAUGCCGCCAAGCUGGCUCAGGCCCUGCAGGGGGCGCUGCUGGACAUGAGGGAGCUCCUGGAGCAGACGCCCCAGGCCAAGCUAUGAGGGGGAGGAGAUGGAUGUUCUUCUGGAAGGUGGACUCCUUCAUUCCCUGAGGGGGUUAAUCUGGGGAGCACAAGCCUUCGGCCAGCCUAAGAAAAAUAAAUCUGAUUAAAAAAUAUAUAUAUAUAUCUAUGUAUAUGUAUAUGUGUGUGUGUGCGUAAUGUAUUGCACUUUUGACAAUACCUACUGUAUAGUUGGAACAGUUGGGUGGAACUUAGACAGGGGCCAUUUUUGGGUGAUGGAUUUUGGACAUGUGAAUUAAGUUAAUUGAAGUUAAGUAAUUACCAAGAGAGAAACCAUUGAGUUGAUGAAACCAAAUGCUGCAUCUGAUCACCUUGGUGACUGCCAACUGCCAACUCGGAACUCUGUUUGAGUGUCUCAGCACCCACCUUUGAUACUGUGCAAAAACUCCAUUUGGACAGUGCCUACCACAAAGUCAGACCUGAUUCGAGACUUCCGGUCAGAUUUUGCGGUUUCACAUUUUAACUGUAUUUGAAAAUACAAUUUUACUAAAUUAAAAAUAACUUUCAGAAAUGAAGUCAUAAGAACAAUUGAAAAGAAUACCAAAAGAAAAUGGCAGUCAAAUUAUUCAUAUUUUUAUUUUUUUCUUUGCUUACAAUGGUUUUGCUCAUUUUCUCACAAGGCCAGUGAUUCUCUGAUUUACUUGUUUUUUUUCACCCAAUAGCCCAAUUGAUCCUGUGAAUGCUGGGUGACAAAAUGUGAUUGUAGAGAGUAUUCAUAUUUCAAGGAAGGAAUGUGUGUAUAUUUGAUGAUAGACAUUUUCAAAAUGUAUGAUAAGUUUAUAUGUAAUCGGAAAAGUGGACUUAAACAGGAUUGUUCUUAAGUGUUAAUCCACAACUCUGUUGUCUUUUUUAUUUUAUUUUUAUUUUUAAGAUCGACAAUUUUAAACAAUCAAUAUUUUUAAUCUAUUUGAUCAUUCCAUUGGUUUGUAACCGGAUUUCCCCUUCUUAUUUCUGAGGGUUUAAGAUGAAGGAAGUCUAAAGUUCUGGGUCUUCCUGAUAUAGCAUGAGAUUUAGGUCUCAAGUAAUAUGCUUUUGCUUUUUACAAAAACUGAUUUGCUGCUAAUUAUGUGGAGUUCUCUGUUUCGCUCACAGGAAUAGGCUAUUCUGAAAACUAGCCUUUUUCUAAACGAUGUUUGUAUAUGCUUCUUCAGGUUACAUUUUUGUGUGUGUGUGUGUGUGUGUGUGUGUGUGAUUUAUUUAGAGAGCUAUAUGUAAUGUUGAAAAACACUUAAUUUUUCCACACAAAUUAAAUCCACAAAUUUCAUCUAGCUGCCUGUAAUAAAGAAUACUCACUUCUACAUUUACUGUAUACAGAAUCACAUUAAAUGUUAUUCCAUGGAAUUCAUUUUUCCCUUGAAAAAUGCCUAUGCCUCACAAAGAAAUAAAAUAAUUGGUGUAUGUCAA